AUGUCUGCCCCCCAGAUCCCAACCGAACAAUGGGCUCAGGUCAUCAACCAGACCGGAGGUCCAUUGGAAUACAAGAAGAUCCCCGUGGCCAAGCCAGGGCCCGAGGAAGUCCUCGUCAACAUCAAGUACUCCGGCGUCUGCCACACUGAUCUCCACGCCGUCAACGGCGACUGGCCCAUCCCGACCAAGCUGCCGCUCGUCGGCGGCCACGAGGGUGCCGGCAUCGUCGUGGCCCGCGGCGAACUCGUCACCGACGACAUCUGCAAGAUCGGCGAGGCCGUCGGCGUCAAGUGGCUCAACGACUCCUGCCUGUCCUGCACCUUCUGCCAGCAAUCCGACGAGCCCCUCUGCCUGACCCCCAAGCUUUCCGGAUACACCGUCGACGGGUCUUUCCAGCAGUACUGCAUCGCGUCCGCGAGACACGUGGCCCACAUUCCCGACGGCGUUCCUCUUGACGGCGUCGCUCCCGUUCUCUGCGCCGGUAUCACCGUCUACAAGGGACUGAAGGAGUCCGGUGCCCGACCGGGCCAGACCGUCGCCAUCGUCGGAGCCGGUGGCGGGUUGGGUUCUCUCGCCCAGCAGUACGCGAAGGCAAUGGGCCUGCACACCAUCGCCAUUGACACCGGUGACGACAAGAAGGAACUUUGCAAACAGAUGGGUUCAGAGACCUUUAUCGAUUUCGCCAAAUCCAGCGACGUGAUCAAGGACGUCAAGGCCGCCACCAAGGACGGUCUCGGCCCUCACGCCGUCAUCCUGGUGGCCGUCAGCGAGAAGCCCUUCCAGCAGGCCGCCGAGUACGUGCGACCCCGUGGCACCGUCAUCGUCAUCGGCCUCCCCGCCAAAGCCUACAUCCGCGCCCCGGUCUUCGAGUCCGUGUUGAAGAUGAUCAGGAUCCAGGCUUCCUACGUCGGCAACAGACAGGACAGCGAGGAGGCCCUGGACUUCUACGCCCGUGGCCUCAUCAAGGUCCCCUUCAAGACCGUCGAGUUGAAGGAUCUUCCCAAGGUUUACGACUUGAUGCACAAGGGCCAGAUCGCCGGCCGAUACGUCCUGAAGAUGCCAGACGCAUAG